AUGGCUGGAGUUUUAAAGAGAUUCCGAGCUCGGAAUCCUGUCGUUCCAGCCAGUAUUCCUUCACAAGAUGACUCUAUUGCAGAAUCACGCACUCCACCAGAUACCAUUGGAAGGUCAGAAGAGAAGGAUGACGCAGUAUCAACUGCUCGUGACAUACAAGAGGCAGAAACGAAUCGCAAAUUAACCGCAUUCGAGCAACUUCAUAGAUGGGAUCCGAAUAUAGGCCAAGAUCAACUAGAAGAAAUCGAUGACGCCAUCAAUAGGCGAGACGGCAAUGCUGAAGGAAGAAUAUACGAUGAAGUCUUCGAGAACUCACCAUAUCCUGAGGUUCGUGCAGCGGUCAGAAAUUAUGACGAAGAUCUUCCAUGUAACACAAUUCGAGCGUGGGUAAUCGGAUUAGUUCUCAAUACCAUUGCAUCUGGUCUGAACUCCAUUUUCUCACUCCGAGCUCCUUCUUUAACAAUCACUUCAAUCAUCGUACAAAUGGUCGCAUACCCUCUAGGAGUAGGUUGGGCCAUGAUAUUCCCAGACCGAACCUACACCACUUUUGGAGUGAAGUGGAAUCUUAGCCCUGGAAAAUUUAACAUGAAAGAACAUGGUCUCAUCGUGAUCAUGGCCAACGCUGCAUUCGGUCAAGGAGUGGCAUAUUUUACUGAUACACUGACUGCUCAGAGAGGAUUCUAUGGGCAAAAUUUCGGUUGGGGCUUUAACAUCUUACUUGCACUCUCCACCCAAUGUAUUGGGUUUGGGAUUGCAGGUAUGAUGCGAAAGUUUCUAGUCGAGCCCGCAUCUAUGAUCUGGCCGCAGAAUCUCGUUAGCACUUCUUUCAUUUAUGCCUUACAUGACCAUAGCAAAACAGAUCCUGCCAAGUCGAAUGGUUGGUCCAUAGCUAGAUAUAGAUAUUUCUUCUAUGUCUUCAUCGGAUCUUUUGUCUGGUAUUGGUUUCCAGGCUAUAUCGCACAGUUCUUGAGCGUUUUCUCUUUCAUUACGUGGAUCCGACCAAACAAUGUUGUUCUUAAUCAGGUUUUUGGUGGUUGGACUGGUAUUUCUAUUAUCCCUAUUACUUUUGAUUGGACUCAGAUUACCGGAUACAACCUCCAGUCCCCGCUUAUUCCACCUUGGUUUGCCAUUGCUAAUACGGCUAUUGGUACUGUCUUUUGGUUUAUGAUUGUGACGGCUGGGGUUCAUUUCUCGGGGCAUUGGUAUGCUGAAUGGUUGCCUAUAUCUGAUUCUAACAGUUAUGAUAAUACUGGUAAACAUUACAAUGUUACCAAGAUCCUAACUCCAGAGUACACGCUCGAUAUUGAGAAAUAUAAGGAAUACUCGCCCUUGUUCCUUUCGACUACCUUUAGUCUUACGUAUGGUCUUUCUUUUGCUGCUAUUGCUGCGGUAAUAUUCCAUACUCUUUUGUUUCAUGGCCAAGAAAUUUGGAUACUCGCUCGCGCAAUCCGCGGAAGUUUAGACGAUAAUCACACCAAAAUGAUGCGAAAAUAUAAACCCGUACCCGGAUGGUGGUAUAUAGUCUUCUUCCUCGUGAUGAUGGCUAUGGCCCUAGCAGCUGUGUGCGCAUAUCCUACGCAUCUGACAUGGUGGGCAUUAAUCAUCGCACUCAUCAUUUCUCUAGUUUGGACCAUUCCCAUCGGUAUAAUAUAUGCAACCACCAAUAUUCAUCUCGGUCUCAAUGUCUUCACUGAAUAUGUACUGGGUUAUAUGCUUCCCGGUCGUCCAAUUGCUCUUAUGUUGUUCAAAACAUACGGAUACAUUACUAUGAACCAAGCACAUGCUUUCUUAUCCGAUCUGAAACUCGCUCAUUACCUCAAGAUCCCUCAGAGACCAGUCUUUUGGGGCCAGUUGGUAGCAACUGUUUGGAGUUGCUUUGUUCAAUUAGGUGUUUUGGAGUGGGCGUUGGGUCAUAUUGAAGGUAUAUGCACCAGCGGCCAGAAAAAUAAUUUUACAUGCCCUGGUCCGAGAGUCUUCUUUAACGCCAGCGUAAUCUUUGGACUGAUUGGUCCUCAACGUAUCUUCAGCUCCGGAGCUAUCUAUGGCUCUCUUCAGUAUUUCUGGUUAGCAGGUGCACUUCUUCCCUUCGUCAUAUAUUUCCUCGCACGAGCAUUUCCGAAGUCGAAAGUACGAUUUUUCAGCGCCCCGAUAUUCUUCGGUGGUAUGUCAGAACUACCACCUGCUACACCAUUAAACUAUUUAAGUUGGUGUUUGUAUGGUUUCAUCUUCCAGAGAUAUAUCAAGAAUCGAUGGAGAGGGUGGUGGAUGCGGUUCAAUUAUAUCACGAGUGCGGGGCUAGAUGCUGGAUUGGCGAUCUGCACGAUUGUCAUUAUCGCAGCUUUGAAUUUGACCGGAACGGGGUUUCCUGAUUGGUGGGGAAAUAGAGCACCAGGGAAUACAAUGGAUUACCUUGAGACAGCAGUGCAGAAAAAGGUGGGCGCUGGGGAGAUUUUUGGGCCACCAAAAGGGACUUGGGGAUAG